GGAAAACUGAGUGGCCGAAUGAGAUCGGUGGGAUGCCCAAGCUACUAAGCCUCUUGAGUCUUGACACUUUCCGUCUCUUCCAUAUCAUUUCCUUUCUCUUUGCAAUCUUCACUUUCUAUCCUUACAAACGGGAUUAUGUCACUCCCUAAGGAAACCGAGCGUCUUGUUGCCGACCCUGCGCCAGGUAUUACAGCCUCACCACACGAGGAUAACCUUCGAUAUUUCGAUGUUACUAUACAGGGUCCCGAUGGAAGUCCAUUCGCAAAUGGUGUAUUCCGUCUCGAACUGUUCCUGCCCGAAGAAUACCCUAUGGCCCCGCCGAAAGUACGAUUCCUUACGAAGAUCUAUCAUCCCAACAUUGACAAGCUCGGACGAAUCUGUCUAGAUAUCCUGAAGGAUAAGUGGUCCCCCGCGCUCCAAAUUCGGACCGUCCUAUUAUCUAUACAAGCUCUGCUUAGCUCGCCAAAUCCGGAUGAUCCCCUGGCAACUGAUGUUGCGAAGCAUUACAAGGAGGACGAGAAGGAUGCCCAGCGUGUUAGUCGGGAGUGGACAGAGAAGUACGCUUCAGCUUGACGGGUGUGACAUACUAUCGGGAAGAGAAAGAAGUUCAACGAUGGGUGAAGAUAUAUCCUUUCAUUCUGGUUAUCAUGUACUGAGACAUCAUAAGAAUCUUGUAGAUGAUACUGUAUGUUUAGGCAAUCAUUUCUGGUCUUGUGAUAUCCACGGCACAACUUUUCUGCACUCAAAAUGGGCCCUUUCUUUUGUUGUAGCCAUUGACAAUCCAGAUUGCAUAGUAGGUGGUAGUAAUCGUACACAGAUAUAAAGCAUAGACAAUUACAACAUAUACAGAUACACAAGUCACAGGAAGCAUACUAAAUCACAUGCAGAUUCUCCGUACCCCUUCUUCUCUGAUCUCCCCAUAGCUCAUCCGACAGUUUCGAAUCGUCUCAAUGCACUAGGCCGACUGCUCGCCUUACUACUUCUCGCGAUCUUCUCAGCGAUCCUUUCAACAACACCCCCAUCGCUCAAUCCUUCCUCUUCCAACGCUUUCCUAAUCAGCUCUUCCAUAUUCUGCGCAGGGGUGUCGCCUGUAUGCAUACUACUCUCCUGAGUCAGCCGAGGUAGCUUCAUACUUGGAACAGGUACAAGGGGCAGCGCAGUCGGUGUGAAUGUAGGCAUACGUUCAUUGACUAGAUCCGAUUUACGAGCAUCGUCGAAGGAGCGGAUGUAUCGUUUGAGUUCGUUGACAUGCACGCCGAGUGCAUCUGGCUGGGCGAACCCGCCAGGCCAUGAGGUUGGUGGAGGGGGUCCACCAAUUGGUGUAGGUAAGGGCGUUGGUGCAGCUGUCAUAAGUUCUGUGGCAUGCUCCGCUUCCUCACUGUAAUGUCAAGAUGUAAGAUCUGAGCAUUGUCAUAACAACGACAAUACGUUGAGAACGUACCGCAAGAGUUGGAAUACCCUCUGCAUCUUACCAACCGCGAGAAUCUUAUUCUUGAUCUGUUGACGCCUGGCAGCGGCCUCACUUGGCGAGAGAGUCAUAUCACCCAACGUCCUUGCAUCAUCUUCGUCACCUUGUGAUGAUCCGUCAUCUUCCAACUCGUCUUCAGUACAAAUGGAGAGGAUCGCGAGGAGCAUGUCGGUGAUCUUGGAGCCGACGAAGGGCAGAGACCAGGUGAAGGCGUCCAUGAAGUUGGGGAGCCAAUAAGGGUGGGCGGUGGCAUUGUAUUG